UAAUAAUAAUAAUUUUCGAUGUUAAAAAAGGGUCCAGCUGAAGAAGGCAGCAGCAGGUGGGUUCAAAAUUCCACAGCUGUUUGGAUAUCAGUGCGGUCUUCUACCUAAAAUUGACUAAUUGUUGGUCAUUAGUUGGCCGAAAAAUGGCCACUGGCCUAUUGGAGUGUGUAUUCAAUGGUUGGAGCAAAGUAUUUUAGGUAUUCAGUUUGAAUGAAAGUUUGGCACAUGUGUGUAAAAACCAUUCCUUGUCAUUCGGAUAUACCUGAGAAUUAAGACACAAGCAGCAUGGAAAAUGAGCAGGAAGAGUUUGGACACAGACAUAUGCAGCAUGCACACCAUCCACGAGUUUCCAUGCCAUACGGAAAUGUGGGUCAGAAUCCAGACCAGGAGACCCAUGGCGGCCCUUCGUAUACUCUAUACUCCAUAUACGAACAGCCGCGUGAUACCAUGGUGGGCCAAGCCUUAUCUGAUAGUUACAUGCUAAUGGGCCCAUACAUGUCGACGCCCGAGUCGAUUAGUAGCCGUGCUACCACGUUCCAGUCACAGCCUUCCUUCACGGCCCUGGUGGCAUCAUCACAUCGCGAAAUAGCCAGCACCAGCUAUGGGACGAGUUCUGGUCGAUGCGACAAAUGCAGUUCUCUCACAACAGUGUGCCGCUGUCAGGUGGUAUCACCCGCGGCCAGCACAAGUCGGUACGCAGAGCAGGUGCACUCCACCCAGAGACUGCCCCAAGAGUCACCGCCUCAGUUCUUUGAGCUGCCCUCUUCGUCAACAUCGACUGUGUCAAUGCCAACGACGACGGUAAACUCCAGUCCCGGAGUCAUUCCAAAUCCCAAAAAACAAAAGACUGAAACACUCCGAGAGCAUGUGUCGUUGGAUCAAGACAACGACAAUGCAAAUGCCCAUGCACAUGGAGUGGUGGCCUCUGUCGACGGCACUUGGCCAGCUGCAGCCAUUGAAGACCACGCAAUGGAUGCCUCCGCAGUGGUUUACGAAAUGCCAUCCAGUUCGCUGCUGAGCAGCAGCCCCUUUGAGGCCAGUAGUAGCAAUAUUCCACCGAGCUCUGGCCUUGCUAGCGUCUACGAUGAUGUAACAUCCAGUGCAUCUGAUACAGAGCACGUGCAGUUCGCCCACACCCGCACAACCAACACGACCACAACCACGUCGGCCAUUCAGGCUCACAAAAAGAAGGCGAAUCAGGCAGCAAAUCGCUCCGGAAACGGGGAUGCUUCAUCCUCCUCUUCAGCCAAUGAACUGGAUGCCACACCGAGCACGAGUGCGCAAGCUCGUCGACAACAGAGAACAAAUUUAUUGAAUGGCUACCAGCAGCACCCUAACGUCCUGGAGCCUGAGAACGAUAGUAGCGACGAUGGCUGGGAUCUUCGCAUGCGUUAUCCUCCUUCAUUGAAGCCGUCUGAGCCUGUUAUAAGGGGCAACAACACCAACAAAAACCUGACUGACCGGCAUACAGAUCAUAACUACUACAAUAGUCGCCGAGAUGUGUCGAGGGCGCCUCCAGAUAGCACUUUUGUGUCCGCAGCUUCAUGCUCUACGGCUACACACACUACCCGCAGUGUGGAUUAUGGGGCUAGAGAGCUUUGCGGGGCUCAUCGAAUGCGCCAGAGAUCUUCAGAGCCUGCUGACGCAGUGUCUCCUCCUUCCACUACAUCGGAUCAAGAGCUGGAGCAGCAGCAGCAGCUGCAACAGCUACAGCAACAGCAACUGCAACAGCAACUGCAUGAGAGACAAGAUACACCAGCCCAUCGUAACUCCUUUGGUUCUAAUGCGAACUGUGGUAUUAUUCGAAAUCGUGUGCGUUCCAUUGACGAGGUUGCGCAUCCACCCAGAAAACUCGCGCGCUUGGAGGCCGAAGGUGCAUCGUCUUCGAACUGCACCACAAAGCUCUCGCCGACAAACUUUAAUUCCUUUUUGCCAGGAAGGACAAGGCAUCCCACCUAUGCCGAGCCCGCGAGUAGUUCCUUACAGCAGACUUCAGCACAGACGCAACAGCCUUUGAACGGAUCUUGCGUAAUUACCUAUGUGGGUAGACCAAGAGAAAGGCAGUCCCCUGCCGAUGCACAGAGUCAGAAUCAGCCUUCAACUUCAUCGGGAAGGCGAAACCAUUUGAACCGAGGCGACGUUGUGCUCACUGCUCCAGAUCUGCAACUGGACGAUUGGUCCUCCGACUCAAAUGAUGAUGACGUAGUCUUUGUGCACUCGACACGAGAGCCAAUACUCUCCAUUGAUUUGACAUCUGACGAUGACGCCGCCGUUAAUGAAACCCAACAGCAGCGAGCACGGGAAUGGGCACGGGAACAGGAGCACGUGUGGGAACAGCCAGUUUCAGCCCUCGGCCUUCCCGCGGUCAGUGGCUCUGAGGAAAGGCGUCCCAUUUUCAACUAUGCCUACUCCAUUCCAUACCCUCGAAGGGACCGACGAACAGAGCCGAGCAAUGCCGGCACCUCAUUUGCCUUCUAUAGCGGAGGGCUGCCGGAUCGAGCUGCCAUUACGGAUCACAAUUACAGCUACGAUCAUAAUCAUGCGCAAGCACCAGCUACGCUGAUGGAAGAGCCCGGCCCGGCAGCAAGUAAUUAUUUUACGCGUCAAGGUCAAGGAUGCACGCCUCGGUGUCCCACGAUGGACUCGCAGCGGUACUUCCAGCCGAUCACUCCUCCAUCCAUGUGGCUCUUUGGAGCACCUCCAGAGACCAACCCCACAGAGGGCUACAGUCGCAUGCCCAGAACCGCCCCCACUACGACUUCCGGCUCCGAACAAUCUGGCCAGCAGUCCCGACGUAGACGGACUAGUCCAGCAAACGUCUACCACCGUUACCAGCCGUAUUACGUGCCUCACUAUGCGAUCACUCCACUUCCCACAGUUAUGGAAGCCGUCUAUUCGCCCAACCCUCAUCCGCAUCCGCAUCCGCAUCCACACUAUCAAGGCGGGCAAGGUGGGAGCAGUCGGAGUUCGUUAAGAGGCGCCAUGAGUGCUGCCGCUGUGGCGGCAACAGCAGCUGCGGCCCAAGCUCAAUCCUUCAACGAGCUCUUGUCCCUGGCCAGUGUUCACAAUGAGUCAGAAGCGAGCAUAAAUAAUCGAUUGGACAGAGGCCAAUCACCUCUUCCAAUCGUGCCCCGAGCCCAUCCCAUGGCCCCAUCUGUCGGUCUGGUUAGCCAACCACCGCCUGUGGCAACGACCAAUGGUACUCUGGCCGCUGCUGGUGUCUCGCCUCCUCCACCGCUGGAAAUGUAUUCAGGUCGAGCCACCAUACCCUACUGUGGCUCACCGCCCUUUAGCGUGCGGCGUUCGGAGGCCGCGUACAGCAAUCGUCAGCAUUAUCAGCCGCAGCCGCAUCAAGGCCACCAGGCUCCUCAAAAUCAAAUGCAUGCACACAUUCAUCCCCCUCAUCGAGCAAGUGCCAUUGUGGCCACCUCGCUGACACCUGCUCCGCCAUAUCCGGUUCAUCAAAAUCUGUGGUAUCGUCAGCAGAGCAUGCAGGAAAUGCACCGUCGCCACAUGACUCCCACGCCCAUUGAUCUCUCUUCGAAUGCUCCCAUUUUAACCAGCAGUCUGCGGACCCGAUACCUCCAUAGCAUUUGCAAUUGCGUGCAUGCCAGGAAUGGACCAGUCUCCAGCUUGGAUCCGGCCUACUAUCCGCCCUAUGAUGGCAAUGCGAAUGCUGCUGCUCCGUCCCAGCAGAUUCCCUCUAGUAAUGGCCAGGCCACGGCCGUAUCUGCUGCCCAGCCACAGCACUCGCAAUCGAACAUGCGGCACAUUCAAGUGCAACACCAGCAGCCUCAAGCCCAGCAGCAGCAGCAGCAGCAGCAGCAGUCUCCGCCUGUUCUGCAGCAUCUGCAGCGUCAACGAGCAAUCCAUCAUCACAUGUUCCAUCAUCAUUACUCGCCGUUGCAUUUGGAAAUUGGACUUGCAACGCCACUGUCGCUCGGCUCACGGAUACUGAUUGGAGCACCACGCCCCAACCGUGGGGCAACUUUGGAAACAAUUGAACGAAAUACCUUGCCCCACAAAUACCGGCGUGUGCGUCGGCCCAGCGAAUCAGAUGAGGACGCGGAGAAGUGUGCCAUAUGUCUGUCUCUGUUCGAGAUUGAGAAUGAUGUGCGGCGCCUUCCCUGUAUGCAUCUUUUUCAUACCGAUUGCGUUGAUCAAUGGUUAGUCACCAAUAAACACUGCCCGAUUUGUCGUGUCGACAUUGAGACCCACAUGGCGAAUGAUGCACUCAACUCCAGUGGGGUCUCUGAUGCCGCCAAUGCCGCGGCCUUAUGACAUUGUGUGCAUGGAAUCUUCAUGUAAAACUUCAUGUGGACCGAGUUCGCGAGGGCUAGCCAACGUCGUUAUAUAAACUAAUUAGAUAACCUUUGAAUCCCACACACUCUUCAACGACACUUGUAGAAGGCUAAGCACCAAACCAAAUUUCAGUGUGGCGCUUGAAUAUCAAAAGAAGCCAAAAUCCGUUUGGCUCAACCCCUCCCCUCCCUAUAUAGUGUAUACUUAUCUUAAGUGUUUUGGCUUAUAAUUUCCUAAGAAUAUGUACAAAUUGUCUACGUUUUGUGUAACAAAAUUCUUGUGAUAAGAAUUUCAUAAAUGCUUAAAUUGUUAUAGCAUAGAACCUCCCACAAUGGGAAAUAAUUAUAUUUUUUUUGCCCA